GGAGAGGAGGAGGGGUGCUGCGGCGUCAAUCACCGCUGGCCGGGCUGGACUGGAAGGGAGCGGGCACCUGACUUCGCGCUGUGACUCCAUACCAAGAAGGAUGAGCUGUGGCCACUGGAGGGCAUCCAAUGGAGGACACGGAGGAGGCUUCCAAUGAUCCGGAGAAUGCUGCUGUUGCCAAGGGCAUACCUGCUUCCUUUUCCAAAACUGAUGAGUCUGGUUUUGAGGGAGUCAUCUCUUCUUCACCAGUUUUAGACCUGAGUCAAAGAGGCCUGUGCCAUUUGGGAGAGUUAUUUAAAGUUCCCACCCUUCAACAAUUACACCUGCAGAGGAAUUCGCUCAGUGAGAUUCCAAAGGAUUUCUUCCAGUUGCUGCCCAACCUGACAUGGCUGGACCUCCGUUAUAACAAGAUCAGGGCCCUUCCAUCAGAGAUUGGCUCUCACAGACAUUUGAAAACUUUGCUUUUAGAAAGAAAUCCUAUCAAAACGUUACCCAUUGAGCUAGGGCAGGUCACUACACUGAAGGCGCUGAACCUGAGACACUGCCCUCUGGAAUUCCCACCUCACCUGAUCGUGCAGAAAGGCUUGGUAGCCAUCCUGACCUUCCUACGGAUCUGCUCAGUGCAGAAUGCCUUCCCUGGGGAAGUCUCCGCCAUUAAGAUGUUCUUCAGUGACCUUCCGUACCCUGUGCUGCCUCAGCCCCAUAGAAGCACGUCCAGUGAGAAAGGCCUUAAUGUCCCAAGCCAUGAGGCAGCCGCGGUGAAGGAGAAGGCUGACUUCUUCCCGCCUAUGGACAGGCUAGACCUGAGUGAGCUCCGCAAAUCCAGCGCCUCCUCCGAGAACUGGCCCAGUGAGGAGGAGAUCAAGCGCUUCUGGAAGCUGAGGCAGGAGAUCGUGGAGAAUGAGAAGGUGGAUGUUCUGGAGAAGAAGCUCUUGGCUGUUGAGCUGCCUCCAAAUCUCAAGGCAGCACUAAAUGCCAAGGAGAAAAGGCACCGGAAGCCAGUACCCACAGGCAGAAAGAAGUCCACCUCCUUCAAAGGAAUCUUGCCCAACCUCCCUUCAGUGUACCAAAACACAAUGCGUACGAAAAAGCUGGAUGACAGUCAUAUGGCGACUCUCCGGGAACUCCAAGAAAAGGAGACACUGCUGGAGCAGCGGAGGAGAAACAAGAGAACUUUGCAGGAGUGGAGAGAGCAGACCCAGCUGAUGAGGAGCAGGAGGGAGGUCAAUAAAUUCCAGCCACCACAUAGGAACAUGAUGGCAUCAAAGAUCCCCUUUGCCACAGAUCUGACAGACCAUGGGAAAACGCCAGCGAAUCCACUCAGGAAAAUGAAGGCCAGCAGAGAGAGGACAGUGCAGAGGAGUUUCAGCGCCUCACCGUUAGCAGACCUGGAGGAGAAGAUAAGGCGGCAUACAGAGCAGAUCUGUGCUCGCAACUUUCUGGGUACCAACCCACUACAAGACAUGAAGAUAGCCAACCAGGACCUGGAAACUGCCAAGAAACUUCAGGACGAAUUAAGGAAACUGAAGCUGGAGAUGACCUUGAACAAGGAACACCCCUUUGCAACUCUGUCUGAGAACCUUUCGCUUCACCCACCAGCAUCACAGCCUCAAAAUAUAUUUUUUAACACAAAAUACUAGGAAAGUGGUGUUGUCAGCAGGGAUGACA